CCUCAAAAAUCGUAUGGCGCCAAACCGCUGAUUGUAUGCAGUUAAAUAGCUUUGUGACAUUUUAAGCAUCAUUUCUGUGCGAUUUUUUGUUGAAGGAUCACUGUUUAACUAUUCGAUUGAACUGAAUUGAUUUGACUGGAUAAAUUAACAUGAUUGCUGAGGACCUCAGUGACUGGACGCCAGAUUUUUUUUUGGAAAAUGAAUCUGCUUGUGAGCAAGUCCUUGGAGAAGUCGAUCUACGAGCUUCCAUCCCAUCCCUCAACUCUUUGCCCUUACAUGCGUUUAAAAACCAGCAGUUGGUUCGGUUCAGGGGUAUGAUACAGGACAUGUACAAUCCUGAGUUUUACUGCGACACCUUCAAAGUCCGUAGCACCAUUACAAACGACACUCAAACACGACGUGGAAAGUACAAAGACUCAGUGAAUAUUACGGGUGAUGCUGUAAUCGUUGAUUCUGAAGGCAUGGUUAACGCUGAACGACAAACAUAUUUUGUAAUAUCAGUGCCUUGCCUCAACAGUUGGGCUGAGGAAAAGUUCCCAGUGUCCAGCGAAGCCCCCCAAAAGUCUUAUAACACUUCCGUCAAACGUGCCUUAGACUCUGAGCCCAUGGACCUAGAAGAAUCCAGUAAUAAGAAAGUUACCCAUAAAAUACCCACUAAAAAUGGCAGCGAUUCAAGUUUAUUGUCUAAAGAAUACGUGAUGAAUUUUCCUGUACCAAAUGAGAAUGGCAAAGCUUGCCUCGUGAAGAUCUACAACGAAAUGCCCUUCAAGUUGAACCAGAUAGUCGACAUCGUUGGCUUCAUUUCUUUAGAUCCCACGUUGAGCAUGACUGAGGAUUCUCAUGCGUUGAUGGAAGAUAUCGAAUUCCAAUUUCACAAUCCCCCAACUUCUUUGAUACCUCGUUUACAUGCCAUCGAUGUUAAAAUAGUUUCACGAGAAGAAGUGACAGGGCUCACAUACACAGCUACAGCUCUGAAAAAUGCCAGAGCUGAUCUCAGAUCAGUACUAAGCCAAAUAUUGUUCGGAGAUACUCUGGCAGCAGAUUAUGUGAUAUGUCAUCUGAUAUCUUCCGUCUACUUAAGGCGAGAUCAACUACCCCUCGGCACUUUCCCAUUAAACAUAACAAACUUCACACUCGAAAAGUGCGGGUCUUUUCCAGAGGACUUUUAUGCAAUUUUGGCAUUACUUCUUCCUAAGAGCCAUUUACUAGGAAUAACGUUGGAUGAUUUAAACAAUCUGAAUCUCUCGCCCAAAAAAGACUACGAUUGCAACAGAUUGUCAAGUGGCAUAUUACAGCUCACCGAUAACACGCAGUUGGUGUUAGAUGAGACUAAGUUGACCAGUGGUCAAGUUUCUCAGAAUGGUAGGAAGAACUAUGACACAUUUUCAACUCUGAUCAACCAGCAAAAAGUCACCUAUGACUUCAAAUAUUACACAUUGGAUUUUCAGACCGAUAUACCUGUACUAAUUUUGUCUGAAACAAAAUCUAUGAUACCCUGUGAUCGACAAAUUGUUCUGGAAAAGAGUUCAGAAAAUGAAAAUUUGUAUGCUGAAAUUCUGAAGGCUACGAUGCAGUAUCUUAAAGAUGAAAGUAGAGUAACAAACAUCAGGAACUAUUUGAAGAUAGCAAGGCACCGAGACAUUGAAAUUGAGGAUUCCGUAGGAGAUGUAAUUCAAAAAGAUUUUGUAAAUAUGCGUCAGACUGACAAAAGCACAUCUCCAGAGGACCUGCAUUCGCUGAUGGUUCUUGCAAGAUUAAUGUCCCUGUCACUUGGUAGUGAACGAUUGAGCGUUGCGCAUUGGAACCAAGCGGUCCAAAUGGAAAAACAGCGUAAAAGCAGGCUGCGAUCACGCUCCAAGUAAGUAACAUUCUUACGGUGCCUUAGCUCUAAGUCUAUUUAUAUUUCAACGUCUAAAAUAGUGUACUCAUUGAUCACUUUCGUAAAUAUAUUUUUUUCACGCA